GGUUCCCCUCAGCUCCCCUCUACCUCUCUCUCUCUUUCUCCCGCUUCUUCCCGGACCGCGGCGAGGUGGAGGCGCCAUGCGGGACGGGGCCUCGAGGCGGGAGAGCUGCCUUACUGCUGCGGUUCCCGCUGCGGGUCCCGGUGCGGCAGUUUAAGCAACAUUAUGGGGAUUCAAGGCCUGCUCCAGUUUAUCAAGGAAGCUGCUGAACCUACCCACGUGAAGAAAUACAAGGGGCAGACAGUAGCUGUGGACACCUACUGUUGGCUGCACAAAGGUGCUUAUGCUUGUGCUGAAAAGCUGGCACGAGGAGAGCCAACAGAUCUUUAUGUAGCUUUCUGUAUGAAACUUGUUGAUAUGCUCCUCUCAUUUGGAAUUAAACCAAUUUUGGUGUUUGAUGGAUGCACUCUGCCUUCUAAGAAGGAAGUGGAAAAGGCCCGACGAGAGAAACGUCAAACAAAUCUUCUGAAGGGGAAACAAUUAUUGCAGGAAGGGAGACUGUCAGAAGCUAGGGAAUGUUUUGGGCGCAGUGUAAAUAUUACCCAUGUUAUGGCUCAUGAAGUUAUUAAAGCUGCACGAGUCCGAGCUGUUGAUUGCAUUGUUGCUCCUUAUGAAGCUGAUGCUCAGUUGGCUUAUCUUAAUAAGACUGGCAUGGUUCAAGCUAUAAUUACAGAAGACUCUGAUCUUUUAGCUUUUGGAUGUAAAAAGGUGUUUCUGAAAAUUGACAAGUUUGGAAAUGGAUUAGAGGUAGAUCAAGCUCGACUAGGAAACUGCAAGCAGCUUGGGAAUGUGUUUACAGAAGAGAAAUUCCGCUACAUGUGUAUUCUUUCUGGUUGUGACUACCUCCCAUCAAUUCAUGGAAUCGGGUUAGCUAAAGCCUGCAAGUUAAUCAAAUUGGCCAACAAUCCAGAUAUUAUAAAGGUUAUUAAGAAAAUGGGGCAGUACUUGAAGAUGAAUAUAACAGUAUCAGAAGAAUACCUAGAGGGUUUUAUACGAGCCAAUAAUACAUUUCUUUAUCAGUUAGUUUUUGAUCCUAUCAACAGAAAAUUAAUUCCUCUGAAUGCAUAUGAAGAUGAUGUUGAUCCAGAAACACUAAUUUAUGCAGGACGGCAUUUUGGAGAUAAUACUGCUUUUCAAAUUGCCAUUGGCAACAUUGAUAUUGAUACAAUGGAACAAAUUGAUAAUUAUAACCCUGACGCUGCACAGCCUGUGCAGCAGAGAAGUUCUGGUUGGAAUGACAGACAUGCUAAUCAUGUAAAUAGCAUUUGGAGCAGAGACUACAAGCUUGGCCUUAAUACACAGACUGUUAAUCAUAAAAUGCAUUUACUAGAUAAACCAACAACCAAAGGCAUGGAGAAGAUAAUUAGUGUUAAAGGACUAAAACUUCCAGGCAAAGAGUUCUUGGCAAAAAGGCCAAGGAGUGAUUUAGAAGUCGUCUCGGAUGGAGAUCUUAUGAACCAAUAUUCAUUUUCAAAAGCAAAAAAAUUCAAGGAGAGUGAUUAUGAUGGUCAAGCACAGAGUGUCUCAGCAAUGCGAAGCCUUGAUUCUUCAGGGAAUUCUGUCACUCAAGAAAGCUCUAACUCCCUGCCCAGAGUUAGAAAUAAAUUUGCUUCCUUUCUACAAAGGAAAAACACAGAGAAAGAUGCUGUAAUUGUUCCAGGAACAAGAAGCAGGUUUUUCUGCAAUGAUGCAAUUAUGUGUGAUGGUAGAGCAAAGAAGGAUGACAAUGAUCUAACUCAAGAUGCUGAGCGGGAUUGCCAGGAACAGGAAAUAAAACAUGUAGGGGAAGGUGCUUCUCCUUUUUCAGAAACUGAAAAAUCAACAAGGACUAUCUGUACAGCUCCUGGAGAAACACAGAAAAAUUGCUUCCGGUGGUUUAGCAGCCUCGUGAAUAAUUCAGGAAAUCCUGGUCCAUCUCAUGUGUUUUCACAGCAGUUUCGCCAAUGGAGAAGCAACUAUGUAUCCCAGGAAGAUCAGAUUAGUGGGGUACAAACAGAGAGUAGGGCAGUGUGUGACAAACUGGAAGAAGAAUCCCUCCUCUUAACAGAACUGGAACAAACAUCACAGUCUCAAAGGUGUUGUGAGCCAUCAGAACACAGUUUGGAGUCUUCAGAAAUAUCACAAGUGUCUAACAACAGUUCAGAUGCAGAAGAAUCUGACUCUACUUCAAAACUGGCUGAUGAUCAAUGUACUCUGUCUCCAGUAUUUUCUGCUGUUAAAACCAAAAGAAAAAAUACAAUAAUAAAGACCAAGGUUCCUGGUUUACAUAAACCCAGGUGUAUAGGGUCGCAUAUUGUAACAAAGCUCAAACCAUUGAUACCAGCUAAAGUAAGUGGAUUAAGUAGGAAACUGUCACCUGUGCAGAAGAGAAAUCACUGUGAUGAUGAAAAUAAGCUGGAAAUGCAAGCCACCAUUAGUGAACUCUGGAAGAACUUCCAGUUUAAGAGAGAGUACAAAAAACUUCCUUCUUGUAAAAAGCCAGAUCCGUUGUCUCCAAUCAAAGAUAAUAUACAGCUCACUCCAGAAACAGAAGAAGAAAUCUUUAAUCAUCUGGAACAUAGUCAUGUUCAAAGAGCUAUAUUCCAAUGAACUGCAUGCUGUGCACAACAGGAUGUGUUUUUAAUCAUUGUCAAAAUUUACCUUCUGGAUAUUUCAUCAAUAUAGAAAAGAUGCUUUGAAAACCAACUGUAUAUUUAGUCUGACCAGUGAUUUGUCAUCUUUGUUUAUAAUAGCAUAAGUUGAAAAGUACAGUUCUAUAUUGAUAGGAAUAAAAUAUUUUUAUUCCUGUGUUGCCUUAUUCAGGCAGAUACCUGUGUUGCCUUAUUCAAAGUCCCAUGCUAAACUCUUGUCCAAACCUUUUUCAGCUGCCCCUGGAGAUAUCACGUAGGCCAUAUAGGCCAAUCAACAAGUUAGUUUUCUGUUUGAUACAGUCGUGUUAUCUGUGGGAAUAACUUGUGGGCUGCAUAAAGCAAUAUCACAAAUAUUUGAUACCCAAAUUCUCACACCGAUAGAGUGAUCUCUGAAGUAGUAAAGUGUGUUCCUCCAUUUUACAUGCUUUUUCCAUGUUUGUAGUCUUAUCAACAGACACUGAAGAUGUCAGUCCUUGGAGCUAAUGUUUACCAAGGAGUAUUGUCCUCACAACAAUGCAAGCUUCGGUCUUCAGCAGCUGAUCAACUAAAGGGAAAAAAAACACAGAGACUAGGGUCCUUGCUUUGGAUGACUGAAUUAUGAAACUUCAUAAUGGAAUU